AUCAAAUUUCUGCCUUAAACUUUUUUUUUUUAAUUUUUAUUCUCGUACUGCCUUUUGUUUUUUACCACUUUCCAAAGGCAGGUCAAAGCCCUUUUGUUUUGAACAAAGACGAAAUUGGACCUUAUCCGAAUCCAAUGACCCGAUGAAUCUCCUCGCCCGUAAUUCCUUCGUGGAUUUGACGUCCGUGCCCGCUCAGAUAUUCUGAUUGACGGAAAAAAGAUUAAAAAAAACAAUUGCGGCCGUUUGGUUGGCCUUUGAGAGUUGAGUUUGGCGGCGGCUUCUCCCUUGUCGACUCGCCACCGAAACUGAAACUCCAAGCAAAACACCGUCUUCCCCAAAAUGAUUGUCCCGAAACCCUAAUUCACAACCGUACUCUUCUUUUUUCACAUUUCAGAAUGAUUAAUGGUAGCGGUGACGAUGCAGCAGCCGCAGCCGAAGCCUCCUCUUCCUCCACCUCCUUCGUCCGCCUCUUCACUUAGAUCCCCUACAUCCACUCCCACCCAAUCCCCUCUCCCUUUUCCUCCACGUCAGCCCCUCGAUCAUGUCGCGGUUCCAAUCUCCGCCGCCCAUCCUUCCAGUGAGCCACUUGUAACGAUGGGGACCGCCCCACUUCCACUCGCCAGAGUCCGGCUAUCUGAUAUUUCUCCUUAUGAUGGAGCCCCUUCGGCUUCCUAUGUCAGGGCCGUGGAGGCUUUUUCGGGGUCUUUGAUGAGACAUAAUGCGGCGGUUAUUGAGUUUGAGAACCAUGACGCCGCAUUGAUGCGGUGCGGCCUGGAAGCUGCACGGUUGUACUUUAGGAAUAGGGUAAAUACUGUUGGAAAAGGAAGCCGUGGGGUUUAUAUGUAUAGGGCUGGAAGGGCUUUGGAAGAUUGGGACUCAUGUCCACCAUGCAUGGCUGAUAUUUUUAGGUGCAUGGGGAAGGCUGCUCGUGUUGCUUUAUGUGCAAUAGCUAGGCACCUUCGUUUGCGAAGCGAUGUGUUCAAUCAUUUACUUGAUGACACUCCGUUACCUGCUAAUGAGGUGUCUUCAUCGGUGCUUGUUGCAAACUACUCUCAUGUGUCUUUGCAAAAUGCAAAGGGGGCUAUUGGAGGAGGAAAGCCGGGAAUGAGUGGUGAAGUUGAGAAGGGGUUAUUGACAUUGAUUUCUUCUGAUGGUCCCGGUCUACAGGUUUGUGACCCCAAUGGCCGUUGGUACCUAGCAGAUGGUGGAUUGGCUCCUGGGGAUAUGUUGCUUAUUACUGGCAAGGCACUUAGCCAUGCCACCGCUGGUCUUCGUCCUGCUGCUUCAUAUAGAGCUGCUCCCGAGUACCUGUCGGGCAUUAAUAAUGGUGGCAGGACAUCACUUGCAUUUAGGCUUAUGCCACAGGGCAAUGCUGUAUUAGAUUGCUCUCCAGUUGCAGCUGCUGGUCAUGUAAUUCCACAAAGCUAUGUACCAAUAUCUGUUAGCCAGUUUAUGGAUGAACUCUCUGCCGAAGAAGAUGUAGUGUCCAAUCGUUCUGACAAUACUUGUGGACUUCUAAACAAUUUGAAUAAGGAGCCUUCAUUAAGAAGUGUUCUCUCAGAUCCCUUGUCUGGUGCAUUCCUUGAAGAUGCUAUGGUUGUUUCUUGUGGACAUUCAUUUGGUGGUCUCAUGCUAAAGAGGGUCCUUGAUAUGUCAAGAUGUACGCUUUGCAGUGCAGACAUUGACUCUAGGUCUUUGAUCCCUAAUAUUGCUCUAAGAGCUGCUGCUGCAGCUGUGAAAGAAGAGGAUAAUCGAAGGCUAUUCCAUAAUGCAGUUCUCCGUAAACGACGAAAGGAUAUGGGUGAACAAAUUGAUUCAUCAAGAAGAUCGAGCAGGGAAAAUGGAGAUGGUGGUGCUGAUGAUGGGUUGCAUAGGGGUGUGCAAUAUCCAUUUUCGGUGAAUGAGAAGGUGUUAAUUAAGGGAAACAGGAGGACAUCAGAAAAAUUUGUUGGGAAGGAAGCCAUUAUUACAUCCCAAUGUCUCAAUGGCUGGUAUUUGCUUAAGAUUAUUGGAACUGGUGAGAAUGUUCGACUGCAAUAUCGUUCUCUGUGUAAGAUCUUGAACCCUCAGCCCGUUGAAGAUAGAUGUUCUUCGCAACCGGUUCAGAACAGUAGCUCAUAGAUGUAAAUUUCUUUUACUCACGCCAUAAAUUUCCAUAGUGCAUACGUAGCGGAAUAGUGAACUUGUCCAGCUGCCUUAGAGAUAUAUGAUGUGCUUUUGUUUUUGUUUUUUUGGUACACUAUUGCAUUUGAAUGUUGUGUAUUUAUCCGGGAAAGUUAUUUGACUUCUGAUAUCAUGCAAGAAGAUCUGUAAAGAAAGAGGAACUAUGGAAGAAGUAUAACACGACCGUUGCUUGCAUGUAAUUAACAUGAUGAUGGAGACUAUUGCAUACACAUAUUUUUACGCUUAUUUUGGGAAUGGGUUGAUAUAUAUAAGGGUAAAUUAUAUAAACUAUCCUGUAGUUUGAUACGAAAGUGGCUCUUAAAGUUUAAAAGUUGAUCCUUUAACUACUUUGAGAUUUUUUUUAUUAUUCUUUUGCUCAAAAUCGUGACGUUUUUCAUUUUCUUUUAAAAACUUUUUUUGGCUUCUAUUUUCUCUCCCCAACAUUUUUGAAUUCUCUUUUAACUUAUUUCAACCCAGCUAAUACAAGAACAAAAUCCAGUUUAUGAUGAAGUGUACUGUUGCCCCCACCAAUCGUCGUUAAUUUCACCGUUUGUGCGUCACUUGUUUACUGUGCUGCUAGUCGAUUAUCUCCCUUUUUUUCUCUUUUCAUUUGUGUUUUAAAAACUCAAAAAAAAUUUAAAAAUUCAAAUUGAAAUUCACAAAAAAAAAAAAAAAAAAUCUUGUUGAUGAGUUGUUGCAACUGAUGUGUGAAUUUGUGAUAAUUUUGUGGGUUUACUAGGUGUGGGGUAUUUCAGGGUGGGUUUUUCUAGUGACUGCUGAGUUUAUUUUUGGAUUUUUUCAAGGUUAUUUGCUUUGUUGAUGGUUGUCUUUGAAAAUUGGUGUAGCAAUCGAAUGAAAAUUGAUUAUUUGUUUGAUACUUAAUUGAUUGCUCUUAAUUGCUUCUGUGUUCUUCGAUUGCUUCCUAAUGAAUUGCUUUUUGCAUGUCGUACUACUUCUGCAAUCGUGCUGGGAUUGCUUGAUUUGCUUACCGUUGGAUUACUUUGUUUAUUGCCGAAGUGCCUCCUUGUUGAACUAUACUAAUUUGUCGAACAACUGCUUUGUGCUGAAUGACUAACAUGCAGAAUAUCC